AUGGACAUUGAUGUGGAACAAGACAAUGAUGGCCUGCAGUAUCCUGCACAGGCGCGCGACCACAAGCAGGCAUACGAGGAGUGGGACAAGUUUCUGACCCGUUGCAUAUGCACACGCCUCAGCAACCAGAAAUUCGCGGACUUCGUGUCGAUUCUUCACUCCAAACACCCGUUACCGCCUGUCGCCGUCGCCGACAUCUUCUUGAAGCCCUGCUCCUUCAACCGCGACACCCUCGAUCCGCUUGUGCAGCACCAAUACAUACGGACCCUGAGCGACAAGAAAUACAUAGACGCCCCAUCCAUACUCAAUGCCCUGUACAAGUACUCGACCUCCCACACGCAAGCCCAGGCUGUCGGCCAUACCGACCUUGACGCCGCGCAAGCGGGCGACGCCAGAUGGAGGAGCUCGUAUGGACAGGAAGAGACAAACUUCUACAGCCUUACUAAGGCAGUGGCACAAGGCACCGGCAUCAAGUCUCGCAGCGACGCCCUGGGUGUCUGCAAGAUCGUGGCCAAAUGGAUGACCCUGUUCACCUUGGCGGCCUCUGCAUUUGCCCAGGACAUCAUGGGACAGCUUCACAGUACGCGGGCAAAGGAAGAUAUGGAGGCGUCCAGAGCUGCGUUUGUCAUGCUGCUUCUCGGCGUUUGCGAGAAUGCGACUGUUCUUCAAGCUCUGAGUAACUCGUCUGCGAAGGAGGUGCGAAAAGCCUUGUCGGAAAGUCUCACGAGCUUUGUCCCAUCUAUUAUGCAGAGUGGUGCGUCGGCCAUAGCAGAUCGCCUCGAAGCCUUUCGUACGGGCACACUUGCCAGCUUUGAGCCUGUCGACAAGAAGAAUGAGGCUGCUAAGGCCGAGUUUGACGACCUCCUCGACUCGACCUUGGGGCUGGAAAAUUUCCCUGUCACUGAGCUGCCUGUCGUCAAUACCCGUGCUGGCCUAUACAUCUACCUCAAUGCUUCACUGGUCUGUAGACCAUUCGUCGACGACGCAUAUCUCUACAACUAUUUACAAAUUCGUUACAAUGGGGACUAUCAAACUUGCUUCAUAGAUCUAAUUCUCGCUUCCUUCGACGUCCUUGCGAACGCUGUGUUCCGCAGCGAGGGACAGAAGACAGCCCACGUCCUGCACUCAUAUCUAAUUAAUAAGCUACCAGUGUUACUGGCAAAUCUUGCGCAACCAUUAUCAUCGGUGUUUCCUCCGGUGACACCUCAGUACUGCAUAACAACGGCAUUAGCUCAGGUUGAUACUAAUGCUUUCCCGACGCUCUCUGCCAUGUUUGACGUUUCGACGAGCAGCAACAACACGUUCACAGAUAGCGUUCGACAAGAGUUCUGCUGGGCCUGCUGCUUGCAUGGCUUGAUUCCUGAAUCAGCAAUUGAAGGACUCCUGGGCGAGAUAUCAUACCAGUCACUCCCCGAGGGCGGGAAACUAGUCAAGGAAAAGCUGUUCAACAAGUGCAUGUCAAAUCCCGAGACAAUCACAGUCCUCGUUGGCGAGAUUGACAAGAUGGACGGUAAUGUGGGUGCAAUUUGUCAGGCCUUAGCCGAGGUUAUCACCCAUAUGUGUGCUACCAAGGACACUAUGACACUUAAGCAGAUCUGUAGCCAGCUUGCAAAGAAGCCUCUUUCUUUAGACGUGCUUCUACUCUUCGUAAAGCUUGAUACCGUCCUGCGUCCUCUUUGCGACUUGCUUGAUAAUUGGAAAUAUGACGAUGAGCAAGGCGAAUACCAGCCCGUAUACGAAGAGUUUGGCUCGAUUUUGUUGCUAGUUCUGGCUUUUGUUCAUCGAUACAAUCUCAGCGCUUUGGACCUAGGGGUUACGUCAUCUGAUUCCUUCACCGCGAAGCUUUUGUGCAGCGGGCAAUAUAACAGGCCGAUGGAAGAAUUAUCAGAGCAGGAAAGUGCGCAGCUGGGAGGAUGGAUUCAGGGCCUCUUCAAUUCCGAAAGUGGAGGCCUCGGCGACGAAUUGAUGUCCUCUUGCACGCCACAGGACUUUCACCUCCUUGUUUCAACGCUUUUUUACCAAACUGUCCUGGCACUCAGCGGAGACCGACUGCCAGAAGAGAACUUGAAGAAUGGAUUUGAAUAUUUGGUUGACACCUUUCUAUUGCCAUCACUAGUUAUGGCAGUUAGAUUCUUAUCUGAUUACCUUAGAACUAGCAGAGGAAAUGAGCCAAAAGCUGUGAUCAAAAUAUUGCAAAUCAUCUUGCUAACAAAACAAGGCUCUAACGAAGCUCAAGCAAUGCUAGCAGCUGUCAUUACAAUAGUUGCGAAGCCGCUAGAGCAUGCUCUUAGAUCUCAUCAACGGCAGGACCCCAAGAACCAAGACAUUGAGCCCUUACUCAAAGCAGUCAAAGACAGCAACCCUGUACCGUCCAGGACGGGAGGUUCCGACCAGAAAGAAUUUGAGGGGUGGUCCAACACACCCAAUGGUGGUUUACAAGCAGCAGUCCGCUAUACAAUCCAGACAAUGGUACAGUGGAGUUUACAUCCAGGUCUGAACGUCACGCCCACCCCCUAUACACAUCGCCAAAUGAUCUUUGCGCUCAAGACCCUUGGAGCCAAGCGAUUACUGCAGUUAAUCAUGGAUGAGGUCAAACUCACAAGCGAAGCGGGCAGUGCGAGCUACAUAUACGAUAUCGCAGUAUCCUUAAUAUGCGCUCCAGAUGUAACCAACCUACCACCACCUUUGUCACAGGGUGACCCAACCCUGUCAACAUCCUCCACACAACCUCGGCUAAGCCUGCGACAAGUGCUCAGAUGGCAAGCGGAGGAUUGCAAGAAGAUACAGAAAACUGACCCGGUCGCCGCGGAACAUAUCGUCCGUCUUUUUAGAAGAGUUGAAGCGCAGAUGCAUAUAGUGAUACCACAGGCACCCACAUUGAUGCAGGAAGACCUUGGCCUCGGGCUGGAUGAUAACGCAGCUACGUCUCUGGAUGGGCUUGCUGCUACUCAGGGUGAUGUCAUGGUACCGGACGAUACUGGGAUGGAUCUGGACCUGGGUGCUGGCGCUGCUGACAUGGGUUUGGACAUGGGCGUUGGUGAUGGUGGACUUGGACUUGGUGGUGACGAUGAUAUUUUCGGGUCUUUGGGGCCUGUUGGUGAUGGCACAGACCUCCUUGAUGGAUGGGAUGGUAUGCUUUAG